UAAGAAACUUCUCUCUUACCCUCUCUAAAAUAUCGGAUCCCCUUCAACAAAUCACCUUCUGCCAGAUCCUUUCAAAUCUCAGUUAUGGGUUCUCCACAAAACUUCCACCAAUUUGGCUUCUCUCCCUUCCUUCUUUCCUUGAUUCUGAAGUAGCACAGGAAUAUAAGCACUGGUGCGGGGGAAGGAGCCUUCUUUUAGAAUAGGAAAUGAAUUUAGAUGACAUAGUUUUGAGGAAUGUGAUGUCUGUGGAAGAAGCAGAGCUGGUACAUAAUAAUAACCCUUCCUCUUCACCUCCUGCCUCAGCAGCAGCCACGGCUUCGUUGUUUCUCGGGAAAAGGGCUGGUGAUGUCGAGCCACAGCCCGAUCUAAUGACCGAGGUUUCAGCCUCGACAGAAGGGAUGGAAUGGAUGCAUUACCAACGAGCAUUACUCAUUGAUUCCAAGUUGCCAGCUUCUCAAGCUGUUUACAAUAAUCAUGGGAGUGUACCAGAUAUUGGUGUUUACAAUUUGCAGGCAAUGUCGAUCACGACAUCCGCCUCGUCAAACUCCGAUUUCCAUGAGGGUAAUUCUGGACGGAAACGAAGACAAUUGGAUGAUAUAAAGGAGAAAACUAUUGAAAGAAGGCAGAGGAGAAUGAUCAAGAACCGUGAGUCUGCUGCAAGGUCCAGAGCCAGGAAACAGGCUUAUACGAAUCAGUUGGAGCAUGAGGUGUUAUGCUUGAGGAAAACAAAUAGUUGGCUGAGAAAGCAAGAGGAAGUAGAAAGAAUGUUCUUGUCAAAUCCAAUUCCAAUGCCUAGAUAUCAACUGCGGCGCACAAGCUCAGCCUUCUUCUAGCUUUUUCUCUUCACAAGCACACCUCUCUCUAUUCUCUUCUCUUCUCUUCAAGUUUUUUCCUAGAUAGAAGCUUUUACUUUCUUAGUUCUUUGUGCUUCAUGUAGAGCAAAUAUUCUGAUAGCAAACCUAUCUGGUUAUGAUAACAAUGCAGCUGAUUUCC